GAAGGUUAAAAAGAGACAGUGCACAUGCUCAGAAAUGCUGCACUUGUUCUCUUAGCAGUUUGCAGCGGCCAUUUCAAAGAAACCAUCACAAAGACAAGAGAAAGAUCAGAGAAGCACCCAUUCCCAAGAUGCUGGCACCCUGCCUUCUGAGGAGAGCCAUCCUUACAGUUCCUUUGGUAUUUUUGGUGGCACUACUUGUCUCAGAGCCUGUCAGAGCUGACCAGGAAGCAGGAACAGCCAUCCCAGCUGAAAGCCGCCCCUGUGUUGAUUGCCAUGCCUUUGAGUUCAUGCAGAGAGCUCUGCAGGAUUUAAAGAAGACAGCAUAUAAUCUAGACACAAGGACAGAAACUCUGCUUCUUCAGGUGGAAAAGAGAAAUCUGUGUGACUGCAUAGCUGCCAAUCUGCUGAACUGAACCCUGGAGACCCCUGAGGAGACUCACCUGUCCAGAAGUUUUUAAAAUGCAGCUGUAUAAAAUACAGUUUUAUGGAGUUCAUGUGGCAAGCAUGCAUGCCCCAACGCUGAUGAAACUGGGGCCUGUGUCUGAUGUGUUUGUCUGUUCUGUAUCUUUUUUUAAAAAGUACCCUCUUUUCACAUCUGCUGGAUUGCCAGUAAGGGCUCAAUUCAGUAAAUCUGUUACUUGAUUUUAGGGUGGGGAGAGGGGAAAUGCACCUGCUUUGAUUUUUAAAUCAGAAUUUGCCAAGUGUAACCUCCAAAGAUAAUUUUGGAGAAAUUAUCCCUAGAGACAUGUUCAGCUGUUUUCUGUCUUCAAUAUGCACACGUCUGUGGCAACUUACCCAGUUACAUUGAGACUGUAGUCUCUGUAGGCUUUGCCUGUGUAUUAAAGAUGAUGAAGUCCUUUC